AUGGAAAUCGUGCCCGAGGGGAAAAACUUUCGAUUGGUUUCAGAAGACGAGCUCCCAGCUGUGGCUGAUAUCUUAGUGCAGUAUAUGCCUGAAUCUUUAAAGUUUCAUCAAACGAUUCAAACAUAUCGAAACAACAAGGUGUGGGACUUCCAUUUUUAUGUAGCGAAGAACUGGCCCGAGGAUCCGAUCUGUCUUCACUUCCCUGGCUGUACCAGUACGCCCAACAGCCAUCCGUACGAAAGCGUGACAGUAUUUUGUCCUUCGGACCGCGCAGAGCUGGUGGACUUGCUGACUUCAGAAGACAUAUUACUGGAUCUCACCAAGUCAUUGUACCUGAACUUUACUCACGAGGCGAUAGUGAACCGGCUCGAGAGGCACUAUGAGGGGCACGACAAGAUUACCGGCGAUGUAUACUCCUGUGAUAACCCACCUAAGGACGCCAGUACUGAUGGAUUGCCACCGGACGUGGAGUUAGUUCGCUUAAAGCCCGAACACAUGAAGGCGGUCCACGACUUGUAUCCGGCGAGCGAUAUUGAGUGCCGUGAGGUCUUCGAGAAACUUGUAGCUGAGCUACCGGCCUAUGGUAUCUUCGUCGAAGGGCAGCUGGCUGCGUGGAUGGUGCAAUCGUACUACGGGGCCAUGUUCUCAAUGCAAACCAGGCCAGAGUUCCGUAGGAAAGGCUACGGCAUGUACCUCGCACGGCGCCUAACCAAAGAAGUGGCUGACCGCGGCUAUAAACCAUUCGUCGUGAUUCGUCCGGAGAACGACGCGUCCCGUUCUCUUUACAUGAAGCUCGGCUUCGAAAAACGUUUCCGAACGGUGCGCGCCGUCAUGCGUCCUCGCUAA